CCGCCUUCAGACGUUGUUUUCUUCUGAGAAAGAAAUCUGGGAUUUGGAUGCAUAUCAAGAUGCUCUGAAGAACAGCGAAGGCCCUUCAGGGGAUAACCACUUCAACAUCAUGACCAAGGGCAAAGAACCCAUGGUCAGGAGCUUUCACUUGGUUUGCAUGAUAACCUUAGUAGUUGGAACCAUAAUCCAGUUCUCUGCUGAAAGUGAAUUUGCAGUAAAUGAGUCAAACAAAGGCCUUACUCAUGUUCCAAAAGACCUGCCACCCAAAACCAUAGUCUUAGAUAUGUCUCAAAAUGACAUAUAUGAGCUUCACCUCUCAGACAUCAGCUUUCUUUCGGGGCUCAGAGUUUUGAGGCUUUCCCAUAAUAGACUCCAGUACCUCAAUAUGAGUAUUUUCAAGUUCAACCAGGAUUUGGAAUAUUUGGAUUUGUCGCACAAUCAGUUGCAGAAGAUAUCCUGCCAUGCUAUUACCAGCCUCAAGCAUUUAGACCUCUCAUUCAAUGACUUCAGUGCCCUGCCCAUCUGUGAGGAAUUUGGCAACUUGACUCAACUGAAUUUCUUGGGAUUAAGUGCUAAACAUUUACAACCAUUAGAUCUGCUACCGAUUGCUCACUUGCACCUAAGUGGCAUCCUUCUGGAGUUGGGAGGUUAUUAUGUGAAAGAACAUGAGACAGAAAGUCUUCAAAUUCUGAAUACAAAAACACUUCACCUCGUCUUUCACCCAAAUAAUUUCUUCUCUGUCCAAGCAAACAUAUCAGUUAAUAAUUUAGGGUGUUUACAACUGAGUAAUAUUAAACUGCAGGAUAAGAACUGUCACAUUUUAACUACAUUUUUAUCAGAACUAACUAGAGGUCCAAACUUACUAAAUAUUACCCUCAACCAUGUGGAAACAACUUGGAGAUGUUUGGUUAGAGUUUUUCAAUUCCUUUGGCCCAAACCUGUAGAAUAUCUCAAUAUUUACAAUUUAACAAUAGUUGAAAAGAUUGAUAAAGAAGAUUUUACAUAUUCUGAAACAUCAUUGAAAGCGUUGAAAAUUGAACAUGUUACAAACAGAGUUUUUCUUUUUUCACAGACAGUAUUAUACACUGUGCUUUCUGAGAUGAACAUUAUGAUGUUAACCAUAUCAGAUACACCUUUUAUACACAUGCUUUGUCCUCAAGCAACAAGCACAUUCAAGUUUUUAAACUUCACCCAGAAUGUUUUGACAGAUAGUGUUUUCCAAGAAUGCACCACUUUAGUUAGAUUGGAGACACUGAUCUUACAAAAGAAUAAAUUAAAAGACCUUUUCAAAGUAGGUCUCAUGACUAAGGAUAUGCCAUCUUUGGAAAUGCUGGAUGUGAGCGGGAAUUCUUUGGAAUAUGAUGGACAUGACAGAAAUUGCACUUGGGCUGAGAGUAUAGAGGUGUUAAAUUUGUCUUCAAAUAUACUCACUGACUCUGUUUUUGGAUGUUUACCUCCCAGGCUCAAGGUUCUUGACCUUCACAGUAAUAGAAUAACAAGUAUCCCUGAAAAUGUCAUCGGUCUGGAAGCUUUGCAAGAACUCAAUGUUGCUUCCAAUUCUUUAGCCCACCUUCCUGAAUGUGAUUCCUUCAGCAGCCUCUCUGUACUGAUCACUGACUAUAAUUCAAUUUCCAACCCAUCAGCUCAUUUCUUCCAGAGCUGCCAGAAGAUCAGGUCCAUCAACGCAGGAAACAAUCCAUUCCAAUGCACAUGUGAGCUAAGAGAAUUUAUCCAAAGCAUAGGCCAAGUUUCCAGUGAAGUGGUAGAGGGCUGGCCUGACUCUUAUAAGUGUGACUAUCCAGAAAGCUAUAAGGGAACCCUACUGAAGGACUUCCAUGUGUCUCCAUUAUCCUGCAACACAGCUCUGCUGAUUGUCACCAUUGGGGUCACUGGGCUGGUGUUGGCUGUCACUGUGACUGCCCUCUGUGUCUAUUUCGACCUGCCCUGGUAUCUCAGGAUGGUGUGUCAGUGGACCCAGACCCGGCACAGGGCCAGGAACACACCUUUACACGAACUCCAAAGAACUCUUCAGUUCCAUGCCUUCAUUUCGUACAGUGAACAUGAUUCAGCCUGGGUGAAGAAUGAACUGGUACCUUGCCUAGAAAAAGAAGGUAUACGGAUUUGUCUCCAUGAGAGAAACUUUGUUCCUGGCAAGAGCAUUGUGGAAAACAUCAUCAACUGUAUUGAGAAGAGUUACAAGUCCAUCUUUGUUUUGUCCCCCAACUUUGUUCAGAGCGAGUGGUGCCAUUAUGAACUCUACUUUGCCCACCACAAUCUCUUUCAUGAAGGAUCUGAUAACUUAAUUCUGAUCUUGCUGGACCCCAUUCCACAGAACAGCAUUCCUAGCAAGUAUCACAAGCUGAAGGCCCUCAUGGCACAACGGACUUAUUUGGAAUGGCCGAAGGAGAAGAGCAAACAUGGACUUUUUUGGGCUAACAUUAGAGCUGCUUUUAAUGUGAAAUUAACACUAACCACUGAGGACAAUGACAUGAAAACUUAAAAAUAAAAAAUAGGCCAGGAAACUAACGUAAGAAACCAUCAUAAACAUGUAUCCGAUGAACACCCUGGUAUUAACUUAUUGUCCAGAUGGUGCUGGCAUCAUCUCUAUAUGUUCAAGAAAGACUUCACGCCUGGCUGACGUGGCUCAGUGGUUGAGCGUCGACCUAUGAGCCAGGAGGUCACAGUUCGAUUCCCAGUCAGGGCACAUGCCAGGGUUGCAGACUUGAUCUUCAGUAGGAGGCAGCUUAUCAAUGAUUGUGUGUAGGAGGUAGCUUAUCAAUGAUUCUCUCAUCAUUGAUGUUUCUCUCUCCUCUCCCUUCCUCUCUGAAAUCAAUAAAAACAUAUUAAAAAAAAGAAAAGAAAGACUUAACAACAGCCAUGUUUUAAUUGAGUUGGAGAAAAGGCCAGGGGCUGAGAUGGUGCUCAAACCUGCUGAUUAUGAUGACAGAUAACUCGGUCUCCUCUGAUUUAGCCAUUGUGUUACAAAUCGAAACAGUCUCAUUUGAGUAAAUGCUCAGUCAUUCAAGGAUAUUUCCUCUCCUUGCCUCUGCCAAAUGGAUUCUGUGUGAGCAGGGGUUUAUAGAACUUCCUGGCAACACGGAAUGAGUCAACCUCACAACAGUAUGCAGUGGACCUUGAGGUGCCCUGUGCAUGCUCAUUGGCUUCUGGGUGAACUUUGUUUUCCUGUUCAACUUUAGAACUUGAAAAAAAUUAUACCGGUUAUGGAAAAUAAAGGCACCCUU